AUGAAGUUUUAUUCCGUUUUCUUCAUCUUCGGCUUCAUCGCUCUCCAGUUUCUACCCCUCUCCACCCAGCAAGGUACCGAAUCAUGUAAUUCAGCUCUACCCCUCAACGACCUCACCAUCAAUUCCAGCCUCCUUCAAUGCGUCGAAGCUUGGUCUUCCCAGAAUUUCAUCAUCCGAUAUGCUAAAACGGUAGAUAACACGUGGAGCUUCAUCUUAUCGGCGCCGGAUUUAGGCGCCUACAUCGGGAUCGGAUUCUCGACCAACGGUAGGAUGAUCGGAGCCAGCGCGAUCGUCGGAUGGAUGCCAGCCGACGGCGGAGGAGGACAGGUGAAACCGUACUUUCUCGGAGGGCAAUCGCCACCUGAGGUGAUGCCUGACCAAGGAGAUUUGAAGAUCGUCAACGGCUCCUUGAAGAUCGAGUCAGUCUCGUCGCGUCUUUACAUGAGCUUUGAACUUACGGCGGAGCUGCCACGUCAGAGCCUUCUCUACGCUAUGGGACCUGCCGGAAUUUUCCCGACUUCGCCGGAUUUCAGGUUGAGGGAGCACCGCGUCAUGACCGCCACGACCAUCAAUUAUAUUACAGGUUCGCAAAGUGUGGUUAAGGGGUCACCACAUGAUAAGCUAAGGAAGACACAUGGGCUAAUGAACAUUGCCAAUAACGUUGCCACUCACGCAAGCCUUGGGAUAGCCAUACUCGUCAUGGGCAUUCUCCAGGUCCUUGCGAUGCUGGCUAGACCGCACUUAGACUCGAAAUACAGAAAGUAUUGGAAUUGGUAUCAUCACAACGUAGGAAGAGUACUGAUAAUACUCGCUAUUUCAAACAUCUUCUAUGGUAUUCAUUUGGCUAAAGCUGGUUCUUCAUGGAAUGGUGGUUACGGUUUUGCGGUGGCGGUCUUGGCUUUGACUGCUAUUGGAUUAGAAGUUAAAAAGUUCAUGAACAAGUAA